UCCUCACCUGGACUGUGAGUCGUCGUGAUCCAGUAGUGAAUGCAACAGCCUGCCCACCUGUGGACGCCAGCUGUCCCGGGAAGGAGGGAGCACAGAGGCCGGCUCCUUUCCACUGCCAUUUAUAGACAACUUCCCAUGCCUGGAAUGCCCCGCCCCCUGCAGAACCUGGCCAAGGCAAAGUCUGGCAUCAGACCUACCAGAGCCGCAGGGAUCCUGGGAGCUUCUGGCUGGCAAAUGCGAUCUAUGGGAUGUCAGUGAGGCUGGCUGAAAACCAGAGUUAAACGCAGAGGUCACCAUCCCCACCAUGUCCCAGGUGAUGUCCAGCCCACUGCUGGCAGGAAGCCACACUGUCAGCUUGACACCUCAUGAUGAGCCCAGGAGGUCCCUGCACCCAGCACCCAGCCCCAGCCUGCCGCCCCAGUGCUCUUACUACACCACAGAAGGCUGGAGAGCCCAGGCCCUGAUGGCCCCCAUGCCCUGCAUGGGGCCCCCUGGCAGACUCCAGCAAGCCCCACAGGUGGAGGCCAAAGCCACCUGCUUCCUGCCCUCCCCUGGUGAGCAAGCCUUGGGGACCCUGGAGGACCUUGACUCCUACAUUGACUUCUCACUGGAGAGCCUCAAUCAGAUGAUCCUGGAACUGGACCCCACCUUCCAACUGCUUCCCCCAGGGACUGGGGGCCCCCAGGCUGAGCCGACCCAGAGCACCACGUCAAUCAGAAAGGAGGAAACUGAAGCCUUGGAUAUAAAGUACAUCGAGGUGACCUCCGCCAGAUCCAGGUGCCACGAUGGCCCCCAGCGCUGCUCCAGCCCCACUGUCACCCCACCCUUCGGCUCGCCUCGCAGCGGUGGCCUCCUCCUUUCCAGAGAUGUCCCCCGAGAGACCCGAAGCAGCAGUGAGAGCCUCAUCUUCUCUGGGAACCAGGGCAGGGAGCACCAGCGCCCUCUGCCCCCCUCAGAGGGUCUCUCCCCUCAACCCCCACAUUCCCCCAGCAUCUCCAUCCCUUACAUGGGGAGCAAGGCCUCAGGCUCCCAUGGCUGGGGCUCCCCGCUGGUGGCUUCUCCAAGAUUGGAGAAGAGGCUGGGAGGCCUGGCCCCACAGCAGGGCAGCAGGGUCUCCAUGCUGUCAGCCAGCCCAUUGUCUGAUGUCAGCUAUACGUUUGGAAGCAGCCAGUCCCUCCAGCACUCCAGCAUCUCCAGCCAUCAGUCAUCUUCCAGAUCCUUGGAAAGUCCUGCCAGCUCUUCCUCCAGCCUCCACAGCCUUGGCUCAGUGUCCCUUUGUACGAGACCCAGUGACUUCCAGGCUCCCAGAAACCCCACCCUAACCAUGGGCCAACCCAGAUCACCCCACUCUCCACCACUGGCCAAAGAACAUGCCAGCAGUUGCCCCCCAUCCAUCACCAACUCCAUGGCGGACAUACCCAUUGUGCUGAUCAACGGCUACCCAGAACCAGGGUCUUCUCCACCCCAGCGGAUCCCAGGACACCAGGGCUCUGUCCGACCUGGAGCAGCUUCUCCCAGGAACCCCUGUCCAGCCACCAGGAGUCACAGCCAGACCCUGUCAGACGACCCCUUCACCACGUGCCCAGAGGGUCCCAUCAGGGACAUGCAGCCUACCAUGAAGUUUGUGAUGGACACAUCUAAAUACUGGUUUAAGCCAAACAUCACCCGAGAGCAAGCAAUCGAGCUGCUGAGGAAGGAGAAGCCAGGGGCUUUUGUCAUAAGGGACAGCUCUUCAUACCGAGGCUCCUUCGGCCUGGCCCUGAAGGUGCAAGAGGCCCCCGAAUCUGCCCAGAACCGACCAGGAGAGGACAGCAAUGACCUUAUCCGACACUUCCUCAUCGAGUCUUCCGCCAAAGGAGUGCAUCUCAAAGGAGCAGAUGAGGAGCCCUAUUUUGGGAGCCUCUCUGCCUUCGUGUGCCAGCAUUCCAUCAUGGCCCUGGCCCUGCCCUGCAAACUCGCCAUCCCGCAGAAAGAACUGGGUGGUGCAGACGCGGCCUCGGACUCUGCAGACAGCCUAGCCUCCUGCCAGAAGAAAUCUGUGGACUGCCACACCCUGUACCUGAGCUCGGUGAGUGUGGAGACCCUGACUGGAGCCCUGGCUGUGCAGAAGGCCAUCUCCGCCACCUUUGAGAGGGAUGUCCUCCCCACACCCACCGUGGUCCACUUCAAAGUUACAGAGCAGGGCAUUACCCUGACCGAUGUCCAGAGGAAGGUGUUUUUCCGGCGACAUUACCCACUCACCACCCUCCGCUUCUGUGGUAUGGACCCUGAGCAACGGAAGUGGCAGAAGUACUGCAAGCCCUCCUGGAUCUUUGGGUUUGUGGCCAAAAACCAGACAGAGCCUCAGGAGAAUGUGUGCCACCUCUUUGCGGAGUAUGACACGGUCCAGCCAGCCUCGAAGGUCAUCAGCCUGGUGACUGCUCUGCUGCAGGAUGCAGAAAGGAUGUAGGGGAGGGACUGCCUGUGCACCUGCCCGACGCCUCCAGGGGCUCGCUCAGGGGCCCUCCUUUACCCCCUGAAUGGGCGUGGCUUGUGGCCAUAUUGGAUUGGCAUCAAUUCAAUUGGGAUUG